CACGUAGCACUGUGUGGAUAUGGCUGAUGACAACGAAGACCUGCAGGCAGAUGAGGAGCUCCCAGCUCCAGCUGAGGACAACUUUGAGCAGCUGGAGAACGACAGCCCUGCCGAGCGCAGCGGGCACGUGGCAGUCACUGAUGGGCGCUGCAUGUACGUCUGGGGAGGCUACAAGAAUGCACAAGUUAGGGGAUUUUAUGACUUCUAUCUGCCUAGAGAUGAAAUAUGGAUCUACAACAUGGAAACUGGAAGAUGGAAGAAGAGUAAAACAGAGGGAGAUGUUCCACCUUCCAUGUCUGGGAGCUGUGCUGUGUGUGUAGACAGAGUGGUGUACCUCUUUGGAGGACACCAUGCACGUGGCAACACCAACAAGUUCUACAUGUUAAAUUCCAGAUCCACGGACAAAGUGCUGCAGUGGGUCAGAGUAGAGUGUCAGGGGGUGCCCCCUUCGUCGAAGGACAAGCUUGGUGUUUGGGUGUACAAAAACAAGCUGAUAUUUUUUGGAGGCUAUGGGUAUUUUCCUGAAGGGAAACAACGGGGGACUUUUGAAUUUGAUGAGACCUCUUUUUGGAAUUCAGGUCUUCCUAGAGGGUGGAAUGACCACGUGCAUGUUCUGGACACUGAGACUUUCACUUGGAGCCAGCCUAUAACUACGGGUAAAACUCCGUCGCCACGAGCGGCUCACGCCUGCGCCACCGUGGGGAACAGGGGCUACGUCUUUGGAGGCAGAUACAGGGAGUCGAGGAUGAACGACCUUUACUACCUGAAUUUGGAUACAUGGGAGUGGAAUGAGAUAAUCACACAAGGCGUUUGCCCUGUCGGCAGAUCUUGGCAUUCCCUGACACCCAUUUCCUCAGAUCACCUCUUUCUCUUUGGAGGAUUCACCACUGACAAGCAGCCAUUAAGUGACGCUUGGAUUUAUUGUAUCAGCAAGAAUGAGUGGAUACAGUUUGAGCACAACUAUUCUGAAAAACCAAGGCUGUGGCACACGGCUUGUGCAAGUGAGGAGGGAGAGGUGAUCAUCUUUGGGGGCUGUGCCAACAACCUGCUUGCCCACUCCAAAGCUGCUCACAGCAACGAAAUACUUGUGUUCUCCCUACAACCAAGAUCUCUUGUCAGGCUGUGCCUGGAAGCAGUCAUCUGCUUCAAGGAGAUGCUGGCCAGUUCCUGGAAUUGCCUCCCCAAGCACUUGCUGCACAGCGUCAACCAGCGGUUUGGCAGCAACAACACCUCGGGCUCCUGAGCCCUGGAGC